GUUCCAUAUUACGAAAAGCCAGUAGUAGGAAGACAAGUGGCGAGAUAAAAUGAAUAAAAAUUGAACCUUGAUAUUUUAUUUUAUUUUUUAUUUUUUUGCUUAUUAUUGUGAGUUGACUGAUUGAAGAAGCUCUCACUCUCAGUGCAAACUUUAGAGGCCAUGGCUUCUUCUUCUUUGGUCGGUCACCUGGUUUUUCCUCCAGAGAAUGGGCAUAAGGUGUGGGAGGACCAGACUUUCAUCAAAUGGAGGAAGAGAGAACCCCAUGUCACUUUUCAUUGCCAUGAAUCUAUUGAAGGAUCUCUGAAAUACUGGUAUGAACGAAACAAAGUGAAUUAUUUGGUAGCUAAUUCUGCUGUUUGGAAUGAUGAUGCCGUUGAUAGAGCACUUGAUAGUGCAGCUUUUUGGGUCAGGGGCCUUCCUUUUGUCAAGUCUUUGUCUGGAUAUUGGAGGUUUUUCUUGGCAUCGUCUCCAAGCAAGGUUCCUGAAAAUUUUCAUGAUAGUGCAUUUCAUGACUCUGAGUGGAAAACUUUGCCUGUCCCUUCUAAUUGGCAGAUGCAUGGAUUUGAUCACCCUAUAUAUACAAAUUUUACAUAUCCGUUUCCAUUUGAUCCACCGUUUGUGCCAAAGGAGAAUCCUACUGGUUGCUAUAGAACGUACUUUAAGAUUCCUGAAGAGUGGAAAGGUCGUAGGAUUUUGUUGCACUUCCAAGCUGUUGAUUCUGCCUUCUUUGCAUGGAUAAAUGGUGUCCCAGUAGGAUAUAGUCAGGAUAGUAGACUACCUGCUGAAUUUGAAAUCACUGAUUAUUGUCAUCCAAUUGGUUCGGGCAAUAAGAAUGUUCUGGCUGUGCAAGUAUUUAAAUGGAGUGAUGGCUCUUACCUCGAAGAUCAAGAUCAUUGGUUGUUAUCUGGCAUUCAUCGUGACGUGCUUCUUCUAGCUAAGCCAUCGGUAUUCAUUGCAGACUAUUUUUUCAAAUCAAACCUGGCUGAGGAUUUUUCUUAUGCAAACAUACAGGUUGAAGUGAAAAUAGAUUACUCUCGAGAAACCUCUAAAGAAAAUAUUCUUGCCAAAUAUACUUUAGAAGCUGCAUUAUAUGAUACUGGUGGCUGGUACAAGAGUGAUGGAUACUCUGAUCUGAUAUCUUCUAAUGUGGCCAACCUUAAGCUCAAUCCAUCAUCAAGUAGAUGUGCAGUUCCAGGAUUUCGUGGAUAUUUUCUUGAAGGGAAACUGGGAGUGCCCAGGCUUUGGUCAGCAGAACAACCAAAUUUGUACGCUCUUGUUGUCAUCCUUAAAGAUGAAUCUGGCAGUAUAGUUGACUGCGAAUCAUGCCUGGUAGGCAUACGAAAAGUAUCUAAAGCCUAUAAACAGCUGCUUGUCAAUGGACAUCCAAUUAUAAUAAGAGGUGUAAACAGGCAUGAACAUCAUCCGCGUCUGGGGAAGACAAACAUAGAGGCCUGUAUGGUUAAGGAUUUGGUUCUAAUGAAGCAGAACAAUAUCAAUGCUGUGAGAAACAGCCAUUAUCCCCAACAUCCUCAUUGGUAUGAGCUUUGUGAUUUGUUCGGUGUGUAUAUGAUAGAUGAAGCCAAUAUUGAGACACAUGGUUUUGAUUAUUCUGGACAUCUUAAGCAUCCCACUUUGGAUCCCAGUUGGGCACCUGCAAUGAUGGACCGUGUCAUAAGCAUGGUGGAAAGAGAUAAAAAUCAUGCUUGCAUUAUAUGUUGGUCUUUAGGAAAUGAAUCAGGAUAUGGACCUAAUCAUUCUGCUUCAGCUGGUUGGGUUCGAGAAAAGGAUCCCUCAAGGUUUUUACACUAUGAAGGAGGUGGAUCCAGAACCUCAUCUACAGAUAUUGUAUGUCCCAUGUAUAUGCGCAUUUGGGACAUAGUGAAGAUUGCAAAGGAUCCAAAUGAAAUCCGUCCUUUGAUAUUAUGCGAGUAUUCUCAUGCAAUGGGAAACAGCAAUGGUAACAUACCUGAAUAUUGGGAAGCAAUUGACAGCACAUUUGGUCUUCAAGGUGGCUUUAUCUGGGAAUGGGUUGACCAGGGGCUAUUGAAGGAUGGUCCAGACGGUAGUAAGCAUUGGGCAUAUGGAGGUGACUGGGGUGAUUUUCCUGACGAUUUGAACUUCUGUUUGCAUGGAAUUAAUUGGCCAGACCGAACUCCUCAUCCUGCAAUGCAUGAAGUCAAGUAUGUGUAUCAACCAGUCAAGGUUUCAUUUAUGGAACAAACACUUCAGAUAAAAAACACUCAUUUUUAUGAAACAACUGAAGGGUUGGAGUUCAGUUGGGCUGUUCAUGGGGAUGGGUGGAAACUUGGGUCCGGAAUUCUAUCUUUUCCUCUGAUUAAACCCCAGAGUAGUUAUGAUAUCGAAUGGCAGUCAGCUCCAUGGUCUACUCUAUGGUCAUCAUCAUCUGCUGAGGAUAUUUUUUUGACAAUAACUGCAAAGCUUUCGCAGUCCACACGAUGGGUUGAAGCUGGUCAUGUCAUUUCAUCUACACAAGUCCAGUUGCCUGCCAAAAGAAAAUUUGUUCCUCAUUUGAUUAAGACUAAAGAUGCUGCCUUUCAUAGUGAAAUUAUUGAGGAUUCAAUAAAAAUCAGUCAACAGAAUUUGUGGGAGAUAAUAUUGAAUGUUAGAACUGGAGCUUUCGAAAGCUGGAAGGUUGAAGGAGUUUCUUUGAUGAAUAAGGGAAUAUUCCCAUGCUUUUGGCGUGCACCCACAGAUAAUGACAAUGGAGGAGGCUCUGCCAGUUAUUUAUCCUUAUGGAAGGCUGCUCAUAUUGAUCGCCUUCAUUAUAUUACAGAAAGCUGCUCUAUACAGAAUAAGACAGACCAUCUUGUGAAAAUAACAGCAGUUUUUCUUGGUGUCCCAAAGAAGGAGGAUGGUUCUUCAUCCAACUUAGAAAACAAAGAUUAUUUAAUCAAAACUGAGGUGAUUUACACAAUCUACAGUUCUGGGGAUGUCAUCGUGGAAUGUAAUGUAAAACCAAACCCAAAUCUCCCUCCUUUGCCUCGUGUGGGAGUUGAGUUCCAUUUGGAAAAAUCAUUGAACCAGAUUACAUGGUAUGGAAGAGGACCAUUUGAAUGUUAUCCCGACAGAAAAGCAGCUGCUCAUGUUGACAUUUACCAGCAGAAAGUAGAUGACUUGCAUGUUCCAUAUAUUGUUCCUGUGGAAUCUUCUGGUAGGGCAGAUGUUAGAUGGGUUACAUUCCAAAAUAAGAAUGGUUUUGGAGUUUAUGCUUCAAUAUAUGACAACUCUCCCCCUAUGCAACUGAACGCUAGUUACUACACUACAGCAGAGCUACAGCGGGCAACACAUAUUGAAGAUCUAAUCAAAGGAGAUACCAUUGAGGUUCAUCUUGACCAUAAGCACAUGGGUGUGGGCGGAGAUGAUAGUUGGACCCCCUGUGUCCAUGACAAAUACCUAGUUCCUGCUGUUCCAUACUCAUUCUCGAUCAGGUUUUCUCCGAUAACUCCAGCCACUUCUGGCCAGGACAUCUACAAAUCCCAGCUCCAAAACUAAAACAAAAGAAAAUUAUGGAUUUGGGUAUCUUGGUACUGUAUGGUAUGAAGGUGUAAUAUAAGAACUAUGAAACAAGAUGUUUCACCUUGAGUUCAUGUGUCAGCUUUGUUGGAAUAGCGUUUAUUUCCUACUAGGAUAGUCCAUUUUUGGGAAUAUGUGUAAUCUUUGUAUGGUAGAAUUAGUUGUUGAUUUGUAACUAGCUAUAAAUUAGGAGUUAGUUUCUUCUUCUUCUUUUUUAUUUUUAUUUUUAUCUAACUAAUUGUAACAUAAUUGUGUAUAGGAGAGGCUUAUUACCUCUUAUAAGA